AUCAGCAGACCCAUAUUAAGUCGAAUCAGCCAUAUCUGAAUAUCUAGGCAAGGGAGGCAGUUUGCCCAAUAGACAGCUUCUCCAUAUGCAAGUGAUGAGUAGCUCUAUCGCGAACCCCGCUUUCGGUCGCUGAUAACUUCCAUUUCGUGAAAAGGGAUAUGUCUCCGUUUGUAUGUAUUGAAUGUGACGACAGCUCCAAAUCUUGGAAAUGGCCGCAAUGGAGGGUUUAAGUAGCCGACAUCGCUAUGGAUUUCUGUUCUAUGAUUAUUUAACGUAGGUACUCCCCUCAGUUUUUAAAGGAAUAUCUUGAAUACAAAGGAUAUUGGAAGAUAAAUUAUGGCAGAUUCAUCAUACCUGAUAAUCGGCGCAGGUUGCUUUGGCGCCUCGACCGCGCGCGCUCUUAAAGAUGCAUACCCCACUGCGGAUGUGGUGUUGUUAGAUCAACAGCCGUUUCCGGCUCCCGCGGCUGCAGCGCAUGAUUUUAAUAAGAUCAUCCGCGCCGAGUACGAGGACCCGGUGUACAUGGCUCUUGCACUCGAAGCGCGCGAGGCGUGGGCGGAGAAAGAUCCUGUUGUAGAGCCGUUUUUUCAUCAGACGGGUGUUAUAUGGCCUGUUACACAGACGCGCGCGAAGAAGUUGAGGGAGGGGUACGAUGGAUUGAUAGGGGAGGGAAAGGCGCCGUUACAAGAGUUAAGCUUUGAGGAGGCGAAGACGAAGUUUCCAGUUCUAGGGGGGUGUGGGUUGGAUGGUGAUGGCGAGGCGGAGUUGUGUGUUUUUAAUCCGCUGGCUGGGUGGGCGGAGGCGGCGGGCGCGUUGGAGGCGGUUGUUAGGGAUACGUUGGGUAAGGGGGUUAAGUAUGAGGUUGCUACUGCGAAGAGACUGAUUUUUGAUAAUGAAGGUGUGUGUACGGGGGUGUUGGCAGAAGAUGGUAGAACGUUCACGGCGGAAAAUGUGAUUUUGAGCGCUGGAGCGUAUAUUCCCUGGUUACUGGCGGAAAGCGCCCCGGAGAAGCCGGAGGUGCAGGCUGGGGAUAGGAUGGUGGCGGCUUCAGCGUUGAUGGGGCUGUUCAAAGUACCACCAGGAGAGAAGGGGCUGGAUAAGUUUACAAACGCACCGAUUAUCGUGCAUUCUUUUGGGGAGUAUCCAGCUGAGUGUAUACCUCCCGGUAGUCCAGGCGCAUUGGAUUUAGCGAAGUGCACUCACGAGCUCCCAUAUACUCGGAAGGUAUACCAUGAGCCGACGAAACAAGAUAUAUCGGUGCCGCCCCUAUCACAAGCCGAGCGCAUGAAAUGGACGACGGACUUACCUGAUGCGUUGAAAGCGAACUCUGCAGGAGCCCGAAACAAGCUUUUUGGAGAUCACAUAACGGGUAUGGCGCCUGAAAUAUAUCGACUCUGCUGGGAUGUCUCUACGCCGGAUGAAAACUGGAUUAUUUCACCUCAUCCAGCAGUGAAGAACCUCUAUAUCACAACAGGAGGCUCAUUCCACGCGUUCAAGUUUCUACCCAACAUUGGCAAAUACGUGGUACAAAUGCUUCAAGGUAAAUUAUCGGAGGAACAUACACGAAAAUGGGCUUGGAAUCGAGAAAUAACCCCUAUCGUGUCUCCGUAUACGCCUCGUGCGGAUCUGCGGAAUGUUCCUGGAUACCAUGAUUGAAGUCACUACCAAAGUUGUCAUUACGAUAGGUCUCAAUUGCUAGAAACCUCGAUUCAUUAUGAAAGUUGUAACAUCCGCUCAUACACAUUUUGUAUAUGCCACUACCCUAAUAUCUAACAUCGAGCAAACAGCUCCUAUAGUCUAGAGGUUAGGACGUCGGAUUCUGAUUCCGAAAACACUGGUUCGAACCCAGUUAGGAGCUUCACAAUUACCUUUUUAUCAAACUCGCUCGUAAAUGCUAAACUUAUUGUUUAUUUUUGCAUCGUUUUAAUGAGGGGAUCGUGGUCUAAGUAGAGUAGACUAAUGUUAGCCCUGAGUUGUGGAGCUUUAACAGCCUACUAGCAGAAGAAUAUUUUCAAUAGAUUGUCAACUUUGGAAU